UCUACUGAUGUAGUGAAUGUUGCUGGCCUUGAUGUUCAAUAUCAAACAUUUGGAGAAGCAAUAAGCAAAUUUGGAUUCAAUUUUGCCCGUUCGAAAUUCGAUGGUAUCUUAGGAAUGGGUUACCUCGAAAUAUCUUCCGAAGGAAUGACCCCCGUUUUUAUAAACAUGAUAGAACAAGGCCUGGUAGAGCUACCAAUUUUUAGUAUCUAUAUAAAUCGAAAUCCCUUGUACGCGGUAAGCGGUGAAUUGAUAUUGGGUGGUUCAAAUUCUGCUCGUUAUGAAGGCGAAUUUACAUAUGUUAAUGUUACCCGUAAAGGAUACUGGCAAUUUACCAUGAACAAGUACGUGAUUAUUUUCUAA